UCCUUUUAUACUGCAUCCGCAAUUUUAACCUGUUUUAUCAGUCUUUUGUGUUCUCAUUUUGAAUAAGGAGAUUUUUUUGUUGUUGGGGGUGCUGUGCAUGUAACAUUAAAAUGGCCUGUGAGUUCAGGUUCCUUGCUUCUGUGUAGUCUUCCCACGUGGAAGGAGAGCUUUUCAACGAACCUGUGACCCACUAAAAAGUAAGACCUUAGUUUUAAUGGUUUUCACGAGAUACCCAUAUUUCCAACUGCUGUUAUUUAUUCCACCCACCAAACUAAUGUGAUGUCCUUUCUAAUUCCAAAAAUUUGAACCUUCUGUCAAAAUAUCAUCUCAGAUACUCAAUUUAGUUAUUGAAGCUUCCGUAUAUGGAAGCCAAGGAAACAGAAGAAGAAUAAGGAGGUGGAGCUUGUUUUGGAAACCAUGGAUAGGAAACGUCCUAGAAAGUUAAACUUGAAUGCACCCCUAUUGUCAACGAGGCGUCUCGGUAGUCCAAAUGUUGCAGAUACUUCUUGCUCAUCAUAUUCAGUUGGUCCAAUCCAAAAUACAAGUGAAAGGGUUCCAUUUUCUUGGGAGAAAGCACCUGGCAAGCCAAAAGAAACUGAGAGGAGUGAUAACACACAAGAUGGCAACACACCUCGCCUAAGACUACCACCCGGCCAUUGGCUUCCUCCGAAAGAAGCAGCUCAAGAAGAUGUUGAUCGUGGUGACGAUGCAUUUCAUGAUCAGAGAGAUGGUAGUUGUGACAACAAUGAUGACUUUUUCUCUGAUGCUAUGGAUGUUUUCUCUCUAUCAGAGGCGUUAGAUUAUGUCCAAAAGAAGUCAGAGAAUGCUCAUAGUAACACCAAUGAUGGAUUGAGGUUAAAGCUUGCAGAGUCUAAUGGAUACCAAUCUCCUACUUACAUGAUCAAUCGCUUUCUUCCCGAUGCCACUGCUUUGGCUGCAUCAUCUGCUUUGCAUUUUUCUACUAACUUUGAAGAGAAAGGUUGUGAUACAUGUAACUAUCAAGAGUGUUAUACAAGGCAUUCAUAUGCUUCUUCUCCAAAGGGUUGUGGCUUGGAACUUCUCUUCCCGUGGCGUAUGAAGCAUAAACUUUGUUCUAUGAAGAGCCCUGUGUUGCCAUGUUCUACUAAUCUGCAUAAGCAUCAGCGCAACUCCAAACAGAAGAAACGCCGUUCAUCAACAACCUACAUUCCUUGUACAAACUUGAAAGAUAUUUGAUGGGUGAGAAAUGCUAGAAACAUACUCUUGUCACUCUAUUUUAAACAUAGUCUCUCUCAUUGGUUGAAAUUUAUUGAAAAUGAGAAAAUUUUAUGGGUCUCACUUGAUAUUUAAUGAUUCUUUCUCUUUAAUUUUGUAAUUUUUAAUACAUUUUAACCAAUUAGAAAGAGUGUUUUAAAGGAGUGUGUUGCUAUAGCACUUCUUUGAUGGGUAGAGCUAGUUCUUUGAUUUGUUAAUUGGUACUUCAUACAAAAUCUUUAUUUUGUGUAUAUAAUAUACAUUAUGUGUUAUGUUACCUACUUUAAAAAUGUGCAUUUGUUGUCUGCCAAUUCUUAAUCAGUUUAUUAGUAGAGUGUGACUAAAAGAUCGACUCAAUGUGAUAGUAGUUGCCUUUCUUGAAAACCAGUAACUUGUUCAGGUUGAAUUCAUUUCACAUCAUGUCAUUAUUUAGGAGUGGAUA